AAGUUUCAACCAAGAGUAGCUUUUAAGUGCAUCUGAACUCUGAACUCCAAUUCGAUAGUUAUAAACAAUAUUUUUAAGCUUAGAAAAAAGAUUAUAAAUAGAUAAAAUCCAAGUAUUUUUGUUUAGUAUGGAUUUUUUUCACGCAAACAUGAAUAAGAACUAGAAUAGUCCUAUCCCAUAGUAGUUAAAAGUAAAUAAUAUAGUAAGCUGUAUAUGCAUCACCCAUCUGAAGACUAGACUUGUAGAGGCAAGUCUUUCCUUUUUUUUUUGGGCUUUUGGUAUCUUCAAGUCCAUGGGUAAUGCAUAUAGCUUAGAAUAUUUAAUUUUAGCUACUCUUUUUCCAAGCUUAAAAAUAUUGCUUAAAACUAUCAAACUAGAGUUCAGAUUUCCUGUUUUUUUAACUAUCAAACUGGAAUUAUAUAUAUAUAUAUAUAUAUAUAUAUAUAUAUAUAAUUGCCAGUGAUGUAUAAUGCUUGUGAUGUACUUUCUUCAUUUGUGCCAAUGGAUUUGUUUUACUUGGCCUAAGGAUUAUGUAAUCUACCAUUAACCAAAACCAGGUAUAUUAUAAUUUUCUAGGUAACAGUCUUCACUGAUAUUUUCACAGGGAAAGAUCCAAUCGCUUCUAAGACGUACACAAAAAUGACAGAUAAACAUCAUUGUCUCAUUAAAAUUAUAAUUUCAUGUAGAAUUCAGUGCUGUGUGGAUUGGACAAAGUAAUUUUCGCCUAUUGGUAGUGGCAUUAGACUUAUAAAUUAUGCAUACACAUGAUUUGAAAGUGUGCAUAGUUUUCUUAACUGUUUCCGUCAAAUUUUAGGUUUAGGCUUUUGGUGUGGAUUUAUCAUAAUUGAUUUAUUUUUAUUUUUAAAGUUUAUAAGAAGUUCCAAACUUUAGUUAUGUCGGUUUCAGUAUCAUAAGAGGUUUCGUGCGGGUUCAGUGAUUGUUGUUUUGCAUAUUUACGUUAUACUUCUUUCUUCUUUUCUGAAUCUUCAUGCCACUUUGUUUCUUCAAAUAAACUGACUUGAACCAACAUAAUUGUAAUCAAGUGAUAGGUACUCUUUACUCUUUUGGCUCAAAUAUCCCACUGAUAUUAAAUAGUUGAACAAAGACAAUUCAAAAGAGAACAUUGAAAAAGAAAGUCUAAGGAACGAGUUAUUUUUAAAAGUAACAUGCUAGUAGCAACAGCAUGAUGCUACUAUUAGAGUUUAAUAUUGCAAGUUUUACCUUUACAAGUUGCAUUUUGGACGAUUUGGAUAAGCAGGCAAGACUUUUUACUCCUCCUAGUCCUACUUGCUCAUUUCUAUAAAUAUCUUCCUAUUAUUUCAUAUUAACUUGUAGAAAUCAAGAAAGAAAUCAAAUGUAGUGUUAAGCCGUUCACUAAAAACAACACCAACUUUAUACAUGAUUUGUCAUAUCAAACUUUAUUUAGCAACUAUUAAUACUACAAAGUUACAUUCAUAUGGAAUUUUUACUUAUGCAAGAAUAGAAAGGCUACGAACUAAGAACAAUAAAAAAUGUUUUUAAGAAAUAUCAAAAUACUAGUUAUAAAAGAACAAUAAAUAAAAAGGGUCAUGGCAAGGCUUGAAUGCUGGUAUGGAGGGUUAAUUAAUCAAGUUUUACAAAAAUCAUCAGUAUCUUUCUAUAUAUUCUAAACACAUUCGAAUUUUCUUAUAAAAAUUUCAAGGGUGUCAUGUGACACCCCAUCUUAUGUAGUGGGUCGUCUGUCACUGGGUUUGAGUGUUGCUAAUGAUGUUCUCGUCUCUUUACUGGAAAGAGACAGAAUUUGUAAAUAUUCUUGUUGAAUUGUAAAGAAUUUGUUAAUAAUUGUAUCAAGUCUCUAGACUUAGAAUGAAUACUUAGCGUGUUGUCUUGUUCAACGUUUUGGUCUUUCGUAAGGAUCACUGUGACUGUAAAGUGUUAUGAAGUUCCUCUUACCACGCAUAAACUGAGAGAUUAAGAUUAUGAGCAUCUAAUUCAUUUCAUUCCUCAGCACCAUUUUAGUUUUGUGGAUAUUAUUCUUUGGCUGAGCAUGGCAUUUUCAUGCAACCGGUUAAUCUCCAGCGCCUAAGUCCGUCCUCACAAACCUGGUUCAAAAAAUUGUCAGCCUCCCCCACUCAUCAAGUUCUAAAUACUAUAUCCUCCCAUAAUUUCCUUCCCUUUUGCUUUUAAUCAUUCUCUAAUAAUUUAACCAGAUUUAAGAAAAAAACAUUCCUCUAAGGUUUUAUUAAUAAUACAUGAUGCAUGCAACAUAUUAUUAGCCUGUCAACAACAAAAACUUUUGCUGCUAGACCUGAUGUCUCAAGUCUCUUGUAACUAUUUCAUGGAUUUAGAAAAUAACUGAAACUGUGACAAAAAAAAUAAAUAACUGAAACAAUAAAAUAAUUUUACCAAAAAGAACUGAAAAAGAAAUUGUAAAAUAAGAAACACCUCACAGGUCAGCACACAGCUCAGAUCGCUCUGGUAACUAAACAGUGUGCCCACGUAUAUGCAAUUCCGUAGGACUUGCUUAUUUAAUUACAACUAAAUACACAUAAAAUAAUAAAUUGCAGAAAAUAACAACGUGAAAUCUAACACUUUGAAUAGUCAAUAUUUUUAAUUAAUAUCAUAAAUAUAAUCAGGAUUUAGUGGGGUUAAUUUCUAAAACGAGAAGAUUCACAACAAAACAUGGCUAACGACGAAGUUAAAGCUCCUUUGACUCUCUCUCAAUAAAAGCCAAAGCCCAAACCUUCAGAAAAAAAAAAAAUUGAAAACUCUUUGAAGAAGAAGAAGAAGACAGAGAGAGAGAGAGAGAUGGGUAUUUUGUCUGAUGACGUUGUGAUAAUCAGACAGUCUGAGAAAGAAGGCGACCCGAGUGUUAUUACAAUCAACUGUCCCGACAAAACUGGUCUGGGUUGCGAUCUCUGUCGUAUCCUCCUCUUCUUCGGUCUCAACAUUGUCAGAGGAGAUGUAUCCACCGACGGAAGAUGGUGUUACUUGGUGUUCUGGGUGAUUGGGAAACCGAACACGAGAUGGAAUCUGUUGAAGACGAGGCUUGUGGAAGCGAGUCCUGCUUUUGCUUGGGCCUUUGGUAUCUCGAGAUGUUACCUUUCUGACUCUGAGUCUCAGCCUCCUGAUCUUUUCUUGUUGAAGCUAGCGUGUUCUGACCGCACAGGGCUUCUAUAUGAUGUCACAGAGGUUCUUUACAAGCUUGAGAUUAACAUUGAGAAAGUGAAGAUAUCAACUACUCCUGAUGGCAAAGUGAUGGACUUGUUCUUUGUCACAGACACUAGAGAGCUUUUAGGUACGGAGAAGAGGAGGGACGAAGUCUAUGAGUACCUGAGAGAUGCCAUUGGAGAUGCAAUGAUGAGCUAUGACAUUAAACUUGUUAGCUCAGAAGUUACAGCGCGUUCGCCAGCUUCUUCCUCCUUUGCGGAAACAUUGUUCUCCUCGUUGGAAGAGCAUCCAAGUGGGCUACAGACUUCAAGCAGUGUGUCAAUUGCAGUUGACAACUCGUUAAGCCGAGCUCACACGCUCAUUCAAAUCACUUGUCAAGAUCACAAAGGCCUUCUCUAUGAUAUCAUGAGGACCUUCAAGGACUUUAACAUUCAGAUCUCAUAUGGGCGUUUUACAAUCAAACGAGGAAAGAACUGUGAGAUUGACUUGUUCAUCGUGCAAUCUGAUGGGAGGAAGAUUCUUGACUCAAGCAAGCAAGACGCAUUGGUUUCUCGUUUGAGAGCAGAGCUGCAGCAACCUCUGAGAGUGGUGAUGAUGAACAAAGGUCCUGAUACCGAACUUUUGGUGACAAACCCUGUUGAGUUAUCAGGAAAAGGACGGCCACAAGUCUUCUAUGACAUUGCACUUGCCCUCAAGAAGAUCAACACCUGCAUCUUCUCGGCUGAGAUUGGAAGGCACUUGACGGGAGACAGAGAAUGGGAGGUGUACAAAGUGUUGAUCAACGAAGAAGACAGCUUACCGGUCUCGAGAAGCAAGAUAGAGGAACAAGUGUGGAGUACUUUGAUGGGUUGGGAGUGAGGUUUCAAGAAACUCAGGACCAUUAGCUGACCUCAGACACAUAGCAAAAGAGUAUAUGACUGUAAGAUUGUGACUUUAUGAUGGCAAUGAGUGAGUCUAUGUAGAUUAAAGCUGCUACGAGGUAAUUAAUCUGAUAAAACCGGAUUUUGUAUAACGUUUGCAAUGUGUAAAUAUGGUUGGAAGUGUGCCUUUUAUAUGUUAAUGAGAGAUAGAUCUGUGUAAGUUUUGUAAAUGAGAGUGUGGUUCUGUAGAAUGAAGCUAAGCUAAGUCUUUGCACUUGUAUUGUGCUGAGAUCUUUGUCAUAUAUAUAAAGGAAAAUGGUCUUUGAGGAAACUUUUUGUUACUGUUAAAUGGGCUGUGUCUAAGCCCAAUAGUGAGAGUGGCAAUUCUUCCGUAGUUAAAACGCAUGAUGAGGGAAAGAGUUUAAGCCCAAUAGUGAGAGUGGCAAUGGUUAUGACAGGCUUCUAAGAAUUUAGAGUACGAUUCCACUUGUGCAUAUUAUUAUGUUAAACGACCACUAUAACUGCGGAGUGCGGACACUAGCAUUUGAAUGUUUUGAUGUUUUUAACCAUGUAGAUGGCCUAUAAUGUAAAGAAAGAUGAUCUACCUAAUAAACAUGGUUUAUGAUAUGUAAAAAACAUUGGUAUGGUAACAAAAAAAUAUUCUUGAGAAGUGACGUCGUGGGAGAAAGGCUCCGAAGACUUGAGAUAAUGAGGGAGAGAAUGUUAGGCACCGGCCCAUAUGAAUUCGAUUAGUAAACAAUUUCUCUCCACAAACCCAAUGACGUCUAUACGCAAUAUUACGCUUGUUUACUAGUCGGCGUAAAUGAUAGUCGCAGUUCAAUCCACUUUUUUCAAAGUGUGUUCUCUUUUCGUUGUAUAAAAAGGAAAGAAGAUAGUGGUUUAAUAAUCACCGGAUUUUAGGAAAUUAAUCGAUCCGAAUCCGAAGUAACCCUACGAUAUUCAACAUGUGUUGUCAUACGGAUAUGAGGUCACAUUUUAAAUUUCUUUUGAAUAUCUAAAAAAGUUCAUCUGUGGAUUGCACCUCUAUAAGAAAUUAAUUAAAAUUUUCCACAGGUUUGGAAUAAUUAAAAAUGUUUGUUUUUUUUGCUACAACUUAAUUUAUAUAUUAGAUGUAACUAUUCGAAGUUUCACUUAUAAUCAUAGUUCAACAAAAUUAAUUUAUAGAUGUAAAAAUCCAUAUUCUGUAUAAUUGGAAGAAAUAACAAAAACAAAAACAGAAGUAGAACCAAACACUAAUAGCAUGAUUAUUGGGAGUUUUUACGGUGGGGUUCUUAGCAGAAUAUGAGAAUCUGUCUCUUAACUUUUAACUAAAAAAAUUAAAAACCGGCUGUUAAAUAAAAUAUUUAAGAACUGAUUCUUAAUUUUUUAGUUAAAAGUUAAGAGACGAAUUUUUAUAUUCCGCUAAUAACCUCACUCUAAAAAUUCCCAAUAAUCAUGUUGUAGCAAUUUCAUGAAAGGUCACUUCUCGGCCAAUUUACAUUUUAGCAGAUAGCCAGAGCUGUCCUUUUCUACGGUCCAUUUUUCCAUCACUUUUGAUAGUUUUUUUGGAAUUGUCCCUCGUGCGAAUCUUUUUACCAUAUUGUUUAGCUAUGAAAAAUUUAGCGAUUGUGACAUCGUGUGUCCUUAGUUAAUCAAUGCCUUGAUGGUCGUAUUUAUUCUGUAUCUGUAAAAUAUUUGAAGUAUCAGUAACUGCUAGAACAUUAUGACACGUAAUACUCAAAAUUCCAAGAAAAUGAACUACUAGACAGAAAACUAUCACUUGUGUGAUCAUCUUCUUUUAAUCAAUCUAUUUCCGGUUAACUCAAUUAUAUAUAUCACCUAGUAAUGUCUAUUGUUAGAACGAUGGUAAAAAUUAGAAGCUUGUUCGAUUCGGUUGAACUUUCAGUUUAGAUAGAAUUCUAUAUUUUGAUUUUGCGUGUAAGCAAAGUUUGUGUUUAGUUCAUGUGGCCGACCUCUUCUACCUAAUAAAAUCUGACAUGUAAGAGCCGUAUGAUUGACAAAAUAUGCCAUGACUCGUGAGUAUACUCUAUUCAGACAGAAAAAAUGAUGAUGAGAGUUCUAGGGAAAAAAGGGAAAGAGAAAGAUACAUAAUGUUAGAGCAUCUCCAAUGUAUAUCUCUAUAUUUUUCUCUAAAAUAGAGAUCUCUAUUAUAAAAGUGAAUUUGCUCCAAUGUAUGACUCUAUAAUAGAGUUCCUCUAUUUUAGAGGAAAAUAUAGAGGAAUCCUACUUUUUACCUCUAUAUUUAGAGAUGAAAAUAGCAAAUUUCUAUAUUUUCUCCUAUAAAUAGAGGAACUCUAUUAUAGAAUCAUACAUUGGAGCAAAUCCACUUUUAUAAUAGAAUUUUUCUAUUUUAGAGGAAAAUAUAGAGAUAAAAAUAGAAGUGGGUUGGAGAUGGUGUUAGGUAAGAAUCCCAUAUGACUGCACAUGGAAAUCGAGUACUUUUUACAUUAUAAUUGACAAGAAAAUGUACGUGUAUAGUGUAGUAGACAGUAGAGUCAUCGACCACUAUUCUAACUUCAAUUAUUGCAUGCUUUCUUUUGAGAAAAUGAUUAUAUGCUUAUUACAAAAGUAGAUGAGAAAAUGAAUCUACAUGGCGAAUAUAAUCUUCAGGAUAUCCUUUAACCUAAUUGUAGAAAGUAUUGAUCACACUGGAAGGACACAGUCUCCGCAGACCACAGUCCACAAUAUAUAUGAAAACAAUAAGACUUGCGAUGUUUCGAAUCAUCAAUCUAUAAUUUCGAACACAGAAACAUUUAUGGAACUAAAUUUCAAAAUUUCAUGAUUAAUAAUACAUGAACGAACGAAUGCUAAGGAAGAGGCUAGAAACGGUGCUUGGUGUUCACGUGCUUCUGCCCAUCCUUGUCCAUCUAGCCAAAAAUUUUGAAUAUACAAUGCGAAACCGAAAAAGAUUCUGGUUUUAGAACUUAGCAUGUGAAACACAAAGAACAAAUAUGCCACAGUUUCGGAACAUAACGAAAACAUUAGCCAAUGAGGGAUAAAACAGUGUACAUCCGGACGAUAACCUCUUCACCGAAAAUGUUUACAAGAUGUACGUAUUAUCAUAAUAUUGGUCGUUGUCGACUGAUAUUACCAAACGAUCAUGCAACAUGCUUACAAGAAAUUUCAUGUAAAACCUAUAUAUCAUUACGCUGGGUUGUAUUUCUCUAACAAUUAAUAAAUAUAUUAUGUAUUUGUAACUAGUUACACUUUUUUAUAAGUAUAUAAAGCUCGUAUGGAUUAUUAUUGAAAUGAGGUGUCCUGAGAUUAUAUCAUUAUGGUUAGUAAUAUAGCGUCACCAAAGUCUUAGUCACUAUUGAGUAUUGACUACUACACUCAGUAAAGGGAAUCAGUGACCCUACAAUUUGAUUUUCUUGCUACCUCACUGCAAAAUGCCAAGAACUAUACAUGUUUCAAAUUACUACAUACAUGAUACAAUUUUCUAUAUUAUGCACAUGUUUCUAAGAAAAUACGGCAAAUUCAGCUAACCCCGUAUAGAUAUGACAGCCACGAAGGACUUGAUAAAGUGUGAAAAUAUGGGAUAAAAUGAGCUUGAAGUGAUGAAGAUCAACUAUACGGCUAUACCAGAAAAUAUACUGAUUGUGAAAACAUAGUUUAUACAUGGUUCAGAUUCAUUCAACGUUAAUCUUUCACCUAGUUUUAUCAUUUAAGUCUCUAGUAGUUAUAGCUUAAAAUGAUGCCCAUUUAAGGGAAGAUGAUGAAUGAAGUCUUUCCUUUAUAACAUAAAAAAUGUUUAUGAAAGGAAAGAAACAAUAGUUGCAAGUAGCAACUAUAGCUGUUACCGUAUGUAUUAGACGUUAAUUAAUAUACUGAAACGUGUAUCAAAGUUUCUAAGGCAUUUAAUUUGUAUCAUAGUUUGUUUUCUUAUUUUCUGAAAAAAACCGUCAUAAUCAAAUAAUAAAUGUCUAGUACAUCUAUUUUAGAAUACUAUACUCCUUAUUUGCAUAAGUCUUGGAUUUAAGUUAAUGUCUAAUAAAGUGACGAGGACAUUCAAAAUAGAGGAAAUGACACAAGCUUAAGAUGAUAUGGAUACAUAAUUCACAAUAUUUGCAAUUAUCACUCUGGAAAUCAACAGAAAAGGAUUCAUUUGAAAGAUCCAACAGUCAUAAACACAUGAUGAUGCCAAAUUACACAAACGCAAAAGACAAAAAAAGCAUUAAAAU